CAGAAUUCUGAGAUUAAAGUCAGAAUUCUGAGAUUUAAGUCAGAAUUCUGAGAUCAAAGUCAAAAUUCUGAGAUCAAAGUCAAAAUUCUGAGAUUAAAGUCAAAAUUCUGAGAUCAAAAUCAGAAUUCUGAGAUUAAAGUCAGAGCUGUUUUAUUCUGUUUUCCAGUGCAUCUAAUCCUCUUCCGUACAAAAGAUAAAAAGUUCAAGUGGGUAUAAAUAUUUUUGCAAAUAUCCCUGUCGUGUUAAAUAAAGUGCUGCAGGCCUGCCAAGUUAUACUGAAAUCUUUCUGGGCCAGCAGCUCCUCAUCGUCCCAUCCGCAGCCCGAGGUGAUGUUUACUCAAGUGUUUUCAUGAUAAUAGGGAGGGAGGCGUCCUCUGCGGCCCACGGAGCCCACAGCGUGGCAGGUGCUGAGGUGAAUGCAGAGAUAAGCGUAUUUUGAGGAAGGCGACCAGGAGGGCGGGGAAGAGAAAUCAAGAGAGAGAGGAUGGAGAGGGAGUGAGACCCGGAUGCUGAUGCGAGCGGGGCGAAGGAAGGGAAGAGGGGAGCGAAAAUAUCGAUUUACGGCAAGAAAACGGAGUAUCAUCCGAGGGGGGCCUUUCGCUUGCGUGAACUAGGAUCCGAAGCGAGGAGGAAGAUAAGCUGAUCUGCGCCGUGUCGUUUCACCUGUAUGUGUCACCGCCCAUGGAGGACACGCCGAAGGAGAGGAGAGAGGGAAGAAGAUGCUGUGAUCCGCCACUUGCAGUGAUGUAGGGAGGCAGAGACGAGCAGAGGCAGGGGACGGGGGAGGACUACGCUACGCUAAUGAGAAAUAACACACAUAUAAUUACAUGUACAUGUAAGAAGAUGGUUGUCCGGAGAGGACUGCGCGUUUCACCUCGACAAUCCGAGAGAAUGUGGCAGCCGUGCGAUAAAAGUGACCGUUUGGCGACGCCGAGAAACUUCAAGCGGGGUCGGUGUUUGUGACAGGCGCGAGACGGCCGUUGGUCGAGGCGUCGAAGCUAAAGCUAGCCUCAGAUAGCAUGUUGUUGCACCUGUAAAAACAGGCCUGACAGAGGAAAAAAUAACUCUUAUCACGGUUUCGGAGCAAACAUCUCAGCGUACGUGUUGGACAUUUCGUUCUUACGCUCAAAUAGAAAAUGACAUAAAGCAGACGGCUUGUUUUAAUGACAUAUAAAUGUAGUUAACGUCAUAAAUGUAACUAAAAUACACCAAUAAGCUAAUGUACAUACGUAAAACAUCCUAGUUAGCCUGCAGUACCUUAUAAUGUUCAUUUUAAGGACAAUGGUUGGUAUUUAACUCAGUAAGCAGCCUUGGUACAAACUGUCAUCCCAGUUUCUCUGCUUUAAAUUAUAUAUUUUUGUUUAACCACGUUUUAGAACAGGAAUUAUUAUUAUUUCCAAAUGGUUUGACUUGUGUGUUAUUUCAUGAUACAUGUUAGUAAACUAGAAAUAGCUGUGAUCUUCCUGAAAUUUAAAGUUGAGCAUAAUUUCUUGCACCAACCUAUGUAAAAUCUGUACAGUACUAGAGAAAUUGCAAUAAAUCCCAGUGCAGUAUUAGUUCUAAUUGUGUAUUAAGCCUUCAGUGGGAGCAGUAUGAGUAAGGAACUGUCUCUGAGUCAGUCUGCUCAAUAUGUUGGGCCGUAUCGACUGGAGAAGACUCUGGGGAAGGGACAGACAGGACUGGUCAAACUCGGCAUCCACUGUAUUACGGGUCAGAAGGUAGCGAUCAAAAUAGUCAACCGCGAGAAGCUGUCUGAGUCAGUUCUGAUGAAGGUUGAGAGGGAGAUUGCCAUUCUGAAACUGAUCGAGCAUCCGCAUGUGUUGAAGCUGCAUGACGUUUAUGAGAACAACAAAUAUCUAUACCUGGUGUUGGAGCAUGUGUCAGGAGGAGAGCUCUUUGACUACCUGGUGAAGAAGGGACGUCUAACUCCUAAAGAAGCCAGGAAGUUCUUCAGGCAGAUCAUCUCUGCAUUGGAUUUCUGCCACAGUCACUCCAUCUGCCACAGAGACUUGAAGCCGGAGAACUUGUUGCUGGAUGAGAAGAACAACAUUCGUAUUGCUGACUUCGGUAUGGCCUCCCUGCAGGUGGGGGACAGCCUGUUGGAGACCAGCUGUGGAUCACCACAUUAUGCCUGUCCUGAAGUUAUACGGGGAGAGAAGUAUGAUGGGAGGAGAGCAGAUGUGUGGAGCUGUGGGGUCAUCCUGUUUGCCCUCUUGGUGGGUGCUCUGCCGUUUGACCACGACAACCUUCGCCAGCUCCUGGAAAAGGUGAAGAGCGGCGUCUUCCACAUGCCGCACUUCAUCCCCCCAGACUGCCAGUCGCUGCUCAAAGGCAUGAUAGAGGUUAAUCCUGAGAAGAGGCUCACGCUAGAGGCCAUCCAGAAACACUCCUGGUAUCAAGGCGGUCGUAAUGAGCCGUGUCCCGAGCAGCCUCCUCCCAGGCGGGUGUGUGUGCAGAGAAUACUGUCGCUGACCGAGUUGGACCCGGACGUGUUGGAAAGCAUGCACUCUCUAGGAUGUUUCCGCGACCGAGUCAAGCUUACCCGGGAUUUGCAAUGCGAAGAAGAAAACCAGGAGAAGAUGAUCUAUUACCUACUGCUGGACAGGAAGGAACGCUACCCAAGCUAUGAGGACGAGGACCUGCCUCCACGCAAUGACGUUGCAGACCCUCCCAGGAAGCGUGUCGACUCUCCCAUGCUGACUCGUCAUGGCCGCUGCCGCCCUGAGAGGAAAAGCCUCGAAGUCCUUAGUGUUACGGAGCAGGGGUCUCCCACUCCACCUCGCAGGGCCCUUGACACAGCCGCACACAGUCAGAGGUCUCGCUCAGUCAGUGGAGCUUCUAGUGGUCUCUCCUCAAGCCCCCUCAGCAGUCCCAGGUCCUACCAGAGCCCCGUCUUCACUUUCAGCCAAUCAGACGUGACCUGCGCCACUGCUUCCCCCCUCACAAAGGAGUCCAAACAGGGAAACGCCACCACUCCUCGUUCAGCACGGUCUCAUGACAAGCCCAAAGCGUCCCCCAACCCCAAGACCCAGACCCUGCCCACCAAAGGACCCGCCGACCGUCCCCACCUGCAGGCCAUUAAAUCCCUGCCCCUGCACAACCCAUCCUCCCGCUCGCCCUCUCCCUCCCCACUCCUGUCACCCAUCCCUCGCUUCUUCUUCCCUUCGUCCUCUGUCCUCAAGUCAGUGACUAAGAGUUUCUACCCAAACUCUGCCCACUCUGUGCCACAGGUUACCCCCCAAGGCUCUCCGCUGCCCACACCGUUGGGCACCCCUGUUCACCACCCCCACCACCCCUCUUCCACCCCGCCUUCCUCUUCCUCGUCCUCAUCCUCAUCACGGGCAGAGGGAGGUGGAGGGGUGGGCUCGCUGUCGCUCACCCCUCCCUCCAGCCCAGGAGGGGGCGGCGGCAUGGCGGCCAGCAGCCCCGCUCACUGGAGGACUCGCCUCAAUUCUUUCAAGAACAACUUGCUGGGAUCGCCGCGAUUCCAUCGGCGCAAAUUACAAGAUCUUUCUCUCCCAGUUCCGACGUCAGAGGACAUGUCCAGCCUAACGCCAGAAUCCAGUCCAGAGCUGGCCAAGAAGUCCUGGUUCGGGAAUUUCAUCGGUUUGGAGAAAGAGGAGCAGAUCUUCGUCGUGAUCAGGGACAAACCGUUGAGUUCUGUCAAAGCCGACAUUGUCCACGCUUUCCUGUCAAUCCCGUCGCUCAGCCACAGCGUCAUCUCCCAGACCAGCUUCCGGGCAGAAUACAAGUCCUCCGGCGGUCCCUCCGUCUUCCAGAAGCCUGUCAAGUUCCAAGUGGACAUUGCCUUCUCCGAGGGCGAGAGGGAACGGGACAGGGAGAGGAGCGAGAGGGAGGGGAGGAGGGAAACCGGAAUCUACAGCGUGACGUUCUCCCUCAUAUCAGGGCCGAGUCGCAGGUUCAGACGAGUGGUGGAAACGAUUCAAGCCCAGCUUCUCAGCUCUCAUGAUCAGCCACUGGUGCAAGCCCUAUGUGAUCCCUUCCCAGAUGAGAAGAGCAGUCGUCCCCACGGGACCCCCACCCGCCAAAACUCAAGGCGCUCUGAGGGUGGGGGCGACAGGUGCGAGUGGGGCGACCGGGCAGACGGCGGAGGCAUCGGAGGCAGCGGAGGAGUUCUGCAGCGCAGAGGUUCGGCCAAGGAGAGAACCCGCCUCCUGUCCUCUAAUGGAACCCAGUCCCAACCGUAGGAUAGAGCGAGAACACGCUGCAGGAUGCUUGAGCUGCACCAGAAACCAGACAGUAAUAACUCCACCUUCAAGUUUCCCUGCAAGUUACAAGCUACGUCACUGAAAGUGCUUAACCGUAACAAGGAUUGAGCCUUUUUCCCCUCCCAUCUUUCAUUGUUUUGCCAAAAUAAUCUUGAUGUUCUGGAUCACCAUUAGUCCUACCUUUAAAAGAGGAAGAAGUUUUAAGGAACCACUCUUUAAUUUAAAAAAGGCGGUGUGAGAAUGAGCAGUUUGGUAUCCAUCCAUUAAAAAUGUAGCUUCCCAAAUCAAACAGAAAUUUUUUGAAGUGCUGAUGUGUAUGCCACGACCAGAUAAAAUAGUCUCAUACCAUUGGUUCACGUCCAAAAUUUACUCCUUAAAUUAAUGGUGGCGCUCAUUUCAAGCAACAUGCAGAUGAUAUUCCAUCUGGAGAGAAAUGUAAAUGUAUUGCAGCAUAAAAACUUUAAAUUUUAGCAACCUGCUACCAGGAGGUUACGCUUUUCUCUAAAGAAACUGCAUCCUUGAGUUCCAGCAGCGGCUUUUGUUGAUCUAAAGAAAGCCAACAAGUAAGCUAAGUAAGUGAAUGUGAAAAAACUUAUUUUUUAUUUUGGUUUUUAUUUGUGUUAAUGUAUUUCCUUUUAUUUGAGGAUGUCAGUAGCACAGUGGUGUUGGUGAAGACGGCAGCAGAAACAGUCUGAACGUUGUUGGCAUACGUUGAGUUGUUUUGUAUUUCCUUUUUACUCAGAGACGGUAUAAAACAAUGCAUCUAUGAUUCUGCAUUGGACCCUUGUUGCUUUGGUUGCUUUGGUUUGAACAGAUAUAUGAACAUUGCUAUAAGGGCCGUGGGGAGGGCACUGUUAAUAGGUGAAUAGAUCUCUGUACCUCGUUGGAGGUGUUUGUGCCCAGACUGAAUCAGAAGCGCAUUCCUGACCUUCGGAUCAACCAGAAAGCACCUCUCAUCUGAAGCUUGUCUCCUAUUGCCAUUGUAAUCACAUUAUGACUUGUAAAAAAAACAACAAAAAAACAACAGGAAACUCAUGAGUGGACAUUUUCAUGACGCUGGACUCACAAGGUUUGCACAGGAAGCAAGCAUCUCCCAACAACCCCAGGCUCCUCAUCUGAGUGUUCACCAACGAGCCAAGCGUUGGAUCUCCAAGUGUCACGCCAUUGGACAAGCACGACGUAGCAACUCGGACAUCCACAUGUUACCCCAGUACUACGCCAGACCAGUCAGUGUUCUUCACCAGUCUUCCAUUCAGCACAAUAUGCAACAAAGUGCAGGAGUUUCAGUUUUUCAUGAAUUUAUUUGAUUAUUUAUUUAUUUAUUUGGUUAUUUAUUCAUUUAUAUAUUUAAUUUAGAGUUCGGUUUUGCCAUAUGUUUGUUUACAAAGUGUAUUCCAUGUCAUGAGAACCAUUUUAAUAACAAUCUAAUUCACUCGUAGUCACUCUGAUUUUCCUUUCCUGCUCUGAUAGAUGUGUUGACUUGUUUUCUUUUCCUCUGUGACCUUUGUCUGAAUCUCAAGCUUCUCAUGCUUAUCUCUAGUAUCUGGAAUCUGUGUGUGAACUGAUGACUGAGUGAGAGAGAGAGAGAUUAAAGCUUCGCAGCAGAUAUAUGUCGAGCUGAUUCCGCAUGGCGACUUCGCCCAACCUAACCAUAUCAAAUUAACUACCGAAGCCAAACCCUGCAAAGCGCUGGUUAUUUCUCUUUUACACAUUUUGAGCAUUUGCUUCACUCAUUUGCCUCUCUUCACUCCCCGUCGUAUUCCCAUCAUCACCAGACAAAAUGUACAGAGUUGUUCUCCUCACUGUUAGUACACACUUUUACAAUCGCUCGGCUUCAUUUUCGGUUUCAUUCCUCAAACCACCUUCACUUUCAUUGACCCAGCCCUGGCUAAGAUUGUAAACUAUUCUCCAUUCAUAAGGGUCAGUAGAAUAAGGUGUUUUAAAAAAAUGAAGUGUCUGUAUCAUAAUUUAAAUAUAAAAAGUGCACUAUUAUAACUAUUGCCUGUGAUAAAAGAACAAUUAUGAUUGAAUUGAUGGUCAAAAUAAAGAGAGAUUCACAUUAUUGUUAUGGUGACAAUAAUAAACCUUAAAUUUA